AUGUCUCACAUUAAAUAUCUUUUACUUGUUUCGAGGCAAGGAAAAGCCAGAUUGAUGCAAUGGUACACACCUUUCACACCUAAACAAAAGACUAAGAUAAUAAAUGAUUUGACACCAUUAAUUUUGGCUCGUAAACCAAAGAUGUGUAAUAUUUUGGAAUAUAGCGAUCACAAAGUGGUAUACAGACGAUAUGCAAGUCUAUAUUUCAUCUGUGGAAUAACGAAUGAUCAAGAUAACGAACUAUUGACAUUAGAGAUCAUCCACAGAUUUGUUGAAACCAUGGAUACAUACUUUGGUAAUGUAUGUGAACUGGACAUUAUAUUUCAUUUCGACAAAGCUUACGAUAUCUUGAAUGAAUUGAUAAUGUGCGAUGGUUCAAUGGCAGAAUCGAGCAAAAAGGAGAUAUUAAAUAAUGUACAUGCAAUGGACGCAAUAGUGAGUAAUGAUCAUUUAGAUAGAGUCCUGAGUUGA